GUAUGGUCUUGUCAUAUUCGAAAAAGAAUCUAUCGAUUAUGUAAAAGCGAAAAUUCAGUGGCACUUUCCAGAAGAGUUUAAAAAUGUUUCUUUUAAUAUUCGAGUAUCCGAUCCCAAAGCCAAAACAUAUAAAGACAUGAAAUUGCAAGAUAAAGUUAGUGAUUAUUUUGAUAAAAAGCCUGUAACGGGACAUAUUCAUAUUAUAGUAGAAUCCAUUA